CCUUUCUGCCGCGCUGUUCCAGUAGUUGGAGUUGUUGUACAACCGUGCGCAACAGAAAGAGAGAGAGAGGGGGAGAGGAGCGAGAGUGCAGCAGCUGAGUGUACAAACAGAGGAAGAAACAUUAGGUUAUCUCCUGAUACUAUCAUCAGACACCGAGCUGUCACUUUUACCGCUCAGAGCCAGCUCCGCUCUUCUCCCAGAGUGCCCCACCACCCGCAGCAGGAGUCACAGCAGAGAGCCGGAGCAGCAGCGCCCAGGUCUGCUUCGCUUUGCUCCAGCAGCAGCAGCGGCAGCCUGUGAGGAAAAACUCCCCGAAAGCGGUCGCCUCAGCUGGCAUGAGCUAACCUCCGAGUCAGACAUGGAAACCAAACCGUUCCUGUCAUUGGGGUUUUUGAAGCCCCAGUGCUCAUUGGCCCCCCCCAUGCAGCGAGGUCGUUCAUCAGAGGCGUGCUCCUGUUUUAGCGGCGUUUGUCCGCUUCACCAGCGUCGACUAUCAUCAGAUUCUUCAGGACAGGUGACCUCCUCGCCUUUAGGCUCGCCUACUUCCCAUCGUGGAAUGCACCCUUCUCUGCUGAGUCCCACCUCCAUGGGGCCCUCUGGCUCUCUCCAUUCUCCAAUCAGCACCCUGAGCUCACCAAUGAAUGGCCUCACCUCACCCUUCUCAGUCAUUAGCUCACACAUGGGGCCGCACUCCAUGAACUCGCCUGGCAUGGGCUACGGCCCCAGCAUCAGCCCUCAGAUGUUUCAGCUAAACUCUCCAAUGAACUCGGUUAGCAGCACGGAGGAUAUUAAACCUCCGCUGGGACUCAAUGGCGUGAUGAAGGUGCCCGCUCAGCCCUCAGGCACGGCCCUGUCCCUGACUAAACACAUCUGCGCCAUCUGUGGAGACCGCUCCUCAGGAAAACACUAUGGAGUCUACAGUUGUGAAGGCUGCAAAGGUUUCUUCAAGAGGACUGUGCGCAAAGAUUUGACCUACACCUGCCGUGACAACAAGGACUGUUUCAUCGAUAAACGACAGAGGAACCGCUGUCAGUACUGUCGCUACCAGAAGUGCUUGGCCAUGGGCAUGAAGAGAGAAGUUUUGUUACAUGCAGCCGUCCAGGAGGAGCGCCAGCGUGCCAAGGACAAGAACGAGAACGAGGUGGAGUCCACCAGCUGCGCGAACGAGGACAUGCCCGUAGAGAAGAUCCUCGAGGCCGAGGAGGCGGUGGAGCCCAAAACCGAGACCUACAUCGAGACCAACCUUGGCAUGCCAUCUAACUCGCCCAACGACCCAGUGACAAAUAUCUGUCAGGCAGCGGACAAACAACUCUUCACACUGGUGGAGUGGGCCAAGAGGAUUCCCCACUUCUCGGAGCUGCCGCUGGACGACCAGGUCAUCCUGCUACGAGCAGGUUGGAAUGAACUCCUCAUUGCAUCAUUUUCACACCGUUCCAUCGCAGUAAAGGAUGGGAUUCUGUUGGCGACAGGGCUGCACGUGCAUCGCAACAGCGCCCACAGUGCUGGAGUGGGAGCCAUCUUUGACAGAGUGCUCACAGAGCUGGUGUCAAAGAUGAGAGACAUGCAGAUGGAUAAGACUGAGCUGGGGUGCCUUCGAGCCAUCGUCCUUUUCAACCCAGACUCCAAAGGUUUGUCCAACCCGGUUGAGGUGGAGGCUUUGAGAGAGAAAGUCUACGCUUCUUUAGAGGCUUACUGCAAACAGAAAUACCCCGAACAGCCAGGCAGGUUUGCCAAGCUGUUGCUACGGUUACCAGCGCUGCGCUCCAUCGGGCUCAAGUGUUUGGAGCACCUUUUCUUCUUCAAGCUCAUCGGCGACACACCCAUUGAUACCUUCCUCAUGGAGAUGCUAGAAGCCCCUCAUCAAAUGACAUAAUGGGAGUGAGCACUCCUGGUCCUCAAUCUCUUGAACCUCGCCCCACACUCAAGACCCCCGACAUUCAACACCCCAGCUGACUUGGAUUAGGAGCAUCUCUCCAAAAAAGACAGUUUUAACAGAAACAGAUUUCUCCAUUCUUCCUUUAGUCCCUCCAUCCAUAUUUUCUGUUGACCACCUCUGAAAAUGAGGAAUCCUUCAUGGUUCUGGGUCCGUUUUAUACCUUGUAAAAUAUAUAAAUAAGAAAAAUAUCUAUAUAUAUAUAUAAAGAAAAAAAAAAGCAGUGUGUGACGAGAUUGGACUAAAACGAAGACGAGAACGCAAACAUACUGAGCCAUGGUCUUCGGCUCUGCUUGUCAUGCCCCCCACACCCUCCCCGAUCGAUCUUUUAACGGCCACAGAACCCAAGCUGAUUAUCACAACUCCAGAUUCUAUGGAACUCCUGGGAUGUUUAAUCUUGGAUUUGAGCCUUUUAUUGCUUUUCAAGACUGGAGAGUUUUUUGUUUUGUUUAGUUUUUUUGGGGGUGGGGCAACAACACAUCAAGCAAAGAAACUUGUCUAUUCAAUCUGACUGAACACGUCAGCUCUUGCACUAGGUGUUUUGUUGUUGUUUUUUUAAUUGGAAGAGUGAUCUUGCCGGCGUAGAACUCAGAAGUGGCUUAACAAGCGUGCGAGAACUCCCAAACCUCAGGUCUCUGGCCAAUUCCAACAGACCCGACCAUGUCUUACUGUACCAGCACUGUGCAGCGUUAGGGAAGGAUGUCUUAGCAGUCAACAAAUCACCCUUUCCUGUUGUUAAAAAGAGUUGGAAGAACCUGCUCCGUACAAUCUGUUGAACUCUGUGCCCAUAAACUGUUGUAAAUUAGCUUUAUCAGACAUGAGCAUCACUGGAUGCUCCAGAAGGCCUCCAGCAGGUGCAGGGCCAACUCAUCGCAAUUUUUUGCAGGCAUUUAUUUGCCUAAACAGAGUCCCACAUAAUCUCUGAAGUCUCUUUACAUUUCAUGCAAAUUUCUGCCAAGCAGUGACAGCUCCAUGCUCCGAAACCCCUCUGCUCAUUGCAGUAAGCGUCUUUUUUUUAUUUUUUUUAUUUUUAUAAACACCUCAUAUCUACCUGUACUGAAAGCUACAACAGUAUUGACCUUAUUUUCAGCAAUGCACAAAUACCUCUGUUUCCAUACCCUCAUGUAGGCUUUGGAGAAUACGGGAGAAGCGCUUGUUUGUUGUGGCAGAGCCAUUCUUUGUUUGUUACUUGGCACUUAACCUGAUGACGGUGUCGUUGGGUUUCUAAAUGGAGAGCGGAUGUUGAUGUGAUCGACCUCUGCGGUGCAGUUUGGCACUCUCCCGUUCCAGAACGCCUCAGUACUUCUCCUAAAAAGAACACACACAUUCACUCUGUGAACUUCUCUGGACAAACCAAGUGACAUUUAAUUUGAACUGAAAUGUUAAAAAUAAUUUUGUGUAAA